AUGACACCUUCAGUCCGCCAAUGGGCUCUCAUCACCGGUGUCAGUCCUGGCACUCUGGCUGAAUGCCUCUCCGCCUCGUGCCUCCAACGCGGGAUCAAUAUCAUUGCCACCAGCGUCGAUACCAAAGAUAUAACGUACCUUCACCCCGAACCAGGUAGUAACCAUGGAUUCCUCAUCACUCUCAAAAUGGACGUGACAUCCCGAAAGUCGAUCAACAAAGCUGUAGAGCAGGUUGAACGACUCACUGACGGGAAGCUUGAUUUCUUAGUGAAUUGUGAGGAAUGCAAGUAUUUCGUUCCGAUCUUGGAUGCAGGUCUCAGCCAGUCAAGGGCGCAGUAUGAGGUCAAUGUCUGGGGAGUUGUGAGGGUGGUGCAGGCAUUCUUUCCACUCCUACAGGAAGGAAGUGGCACUGUGGUCACGCUGGGUCACUCCGCCAGUGAGACUGGAAGGUCGUAUGGGGGCGUGUAUGAGAGUUCAAAGGCGGCGGUCAAGAGUUUGACGAAGGCUAUGAGGUUCGAGUUGGCACCUUCUGGGAUUGGGGCGGUGUGUUUAGAUGCGCCAGAUAUGAGGGUGGAGAGUUUUGAGAAUAGAGGUGAAGGUGGUGUGGGCGAGGAGAGUGUGCAUUGGCCGAUUAGGGGCGAUGUUGAGGCAGUUAUGGAGAGAUCACUGGCGGGCGAGAAGGGGCAGGAUAGGUUUGAUGUGGCCGAGAGGAUGGUUGAGGAGUUGCUGAACGGACAGACGCUGGAUCUUCAUCCCAAGAAAGAAUCGUGGCAAAUUAUGCUCACUGCACUGUUGGCGUGGAUACUACCGACUUGGCUGCUAGAAGGACUAAAUGCUCGUGCUGCCGGUCUGUAUAAGCUUGAGCAUUCACUAACUAAUGCUGCUCCUCAUGAACGCAAAAAGUCAACCUGA